AUGCGGCGAAGCCCCCGGCCCGGGUCGGCUGCCACGCCGCAUAAACACAACCCAGAUUUCUACAGCGACCGGAGCAAUAGCUCUGUGAGCGCCACAUCCCGGGACAGCGGCUCCCGCAGGGGCAGCCGGAGGUCAUUGGCAGGCUGGAAACUGUCUACCGAUACGUGCGCCCCGCAGCAGGGCGGAGCCAGCAGUCUAUGGCUGAGCACGGCAGCGACCGCAGCAGCAGCGGGAGCAGCAGUGGAGUCCUGCAGCCUCCUCCUGCCACCCUCAGAUCUUUCGGGAAACCGGCCAGUCCAGCAGCAAACAAGGACCAUAAAGACCAUCAUUCUCCAGACGCUGAGAUUUUUUCCCGCCGUGUUUGGAGAGAUUCUGGGAGCCUUCUGCAGGGAGGUGCGUUCUCUCCGCUUCCUGAUUACAGCCUCGCUGUUCUUCUGUCUCUUCGCGGCUGCGAUCUGGGGUGUAUUUCUAUAUUUUACCCCUGUCUGGGAUGAGGACACCAGGGAGUUCCUAACUCUGAGUGAAUACCAUGAGAAGGUCCACUCCCAAGGGCUGCAGCUGCAACAACUUCAAGCUGAGCUUGACAAACUCCACACAGAUGUGUCCAGCAUUCGAGCGGCCAACAGUGAGAGGGUGGCCCAGCUUGUGUUCCAGAGACUGAAUGAAGAUUUUGUGCAAAAACCUGACUAUGCGCUGAGUUCCGUGGGAGCUUCCAUCGAUCUGGACAAGACAUCACAUGACUACGAGGACAGGGACACAGCUUAUUUCUGGAAUCGGUUCAGCUUCUGGAAUUAUGCCAAGCCCCCCACAGUCAUCCUGGAGCCUGAUGUCUUCCCUGGGAAUUGCUGGGCUUUCAAGGGGCCCAAGGGCCAGGUGGUCAUCCGGUUACCUGGCCGAGUUCAACUAAGUGACAUCACCCUGCAGCACCCCCCACCAAGCGUGGCUCACUCUGGAGGUGCUAGCAGUGCCCCCCGAGAUUUUGCUGUCUUUGGCCUCCAGGGUGAUGACAAGACUGAAGUUUUCUUGGGAAGAUUCAUCUUUGAUGUGGAAAAAUCAGAGAUUCAGACAUUCCAUCUGAAGAAUGAGCCCCCCAUCGCCUUUCCAAAGGUGAAGAUACAGAUACUGAGCAACUGGGGACACCCACGUUUCACCUGCUUAUACCGAGUUCGGGCUCACGGGCUUCGGAGUCAUGAUGGGCAUGGUGAGGAUAGCAGGACUAAGGGAGAAAGAAAUGGGGCAUCUGAAACUACUACUCUUCAUUAAAUCUCCUGCUAAUUGCAUAUGAACAGUUUCAGGGAUCUCUUCAUGAGAAACCAGAGACUGAAAGGAAAGGAUCUGUGGGCAUCAAUAAAGUACUCAAUGUCUGAUUCUCUCCUUAGCAAACGCUCAAGACUCUCCAAACAAGAGCCCACCUAGAUUUCACUUUAGAAUAAGCUCUUUUCCCUCUAGAAAACCAAGGCUAUGAAUUGGCCAUUUAUCACAAGAAAAAAAAAAAAAAGAAAGCUAUGGACUAAGUCAGACCAGGGUUGCAGUCCUGACUUUGCUACUAAUUCUUAAAAUCUUAAACAAGGUCAGAAAAAAUAGGGAACGAAUUCCACAACUGUUUGUAUUCCCAGAUCUACCACAAGCAAAUGUCUUCCUAGGCCCUCUUCUCUUGUCUGUCCUAACUAUAGGAUUGGACCAGCCCCCUCCCCCCCCUUUUUUUGAAGGCAAAAAAAAAUCGUUACUUGCCUAGUCACACA